AAAAAAAAAAAACAUUAUCACUUUCAAAUUUCCAAGUUCUCUGAACUGACUUUUAUCUGCUUAUCCCAGGUCAAUGGCGGAAGCAAUCCUCUCCAGCGUUGCAGAUAAGAUACUUGGACAAUUGCAUAACCUUGCUGUAAAAGAGAUUAGCUUGUUGUGUGGUGUUGAAGAUGCGCUUGAGCAACUUAAGGACACCAUUUCAACAAUCAAGAGCGUACUUACUGAUGCAGAGAAGAAGCAAGCGAAAGAGCAACAAAUCAAAACAUGGCUAAGAAGGCUCGAAGAUGUGGUUUAUGAAGCUGAUGACUUGGUGGACGAGUUCUCUACUGAAGUUUUGCGACGACGAGUGAUGACUGGGAGUAAAACUGCCAUAGAGGUACGAAUUUUCUUCUCAACUGAAAACCAACUUGUAUUUCGGCAUAAGAAGGGUAAAAAAAUAAGAGAUAUUAGGAAGAAACUAGAUGCAAUUGCGAAGGACAAAGCUGACUUCCAUUUAGUGACUGGCCUUCAAGAGAGUAAAGUAGAGAUUGGAGAGUGGGAAGAACACUCAUUUGAACGGGAAGAAAAUGUUAUAGGAAGAGAUGAUGAUAAGCAAGAAAUCAUAAGACGUUUGUUUGAUAUGAAAACUGAGAAAAAUAUUGUUGUAGUUCCCAUAGUUGGUGUUGGAGGCGUAGGAAAAACCACACUCGCACAACUAGUUAGCAGUGAUGUAAAGGUUAAAGACCAUUUUGAACUAAUAAUAUGGGUGAAUGUUCCUAAGGUAUUUGAUGUAAAGUUAAUUGGCAAGCAAAUUGUUGAAUCUGGAGCAAAAGAGAAAGGAUCUAGUGGAAAUAUUUCAAUGGAUCAAUCGCAAAAAGUUCUUCGAGAAAAGAUAAAAGGAAAGCAGUACCUCAUCGUGCUUGAUGAUGUAUGGGAUAGUGAAAAUGAAAAUAUUUGUGAAAAAUGGUCGAGGUUAGAAAAUUUAUUACGAGAUGGUGCUAAUGGAAGUAGAAUUAUAGUAACCACACGUAGUCAAAAGGUUGCACGCAUCAUUAAUGGCUCACAAGAAACAGCUUACUUUUUAAAGACUUUAAGCGAGGAGAAGUCAUGGUCUUUGUUUAAAAAAUUGGCUUUUCUGCAAGGACAGGAGCCAGAUGAUCUUAACCUUGUGGAAAUUGGACAGGAGAUUAUGAAAAGUUGUGGAGGAAUUCCUUUAGUUAUAAGAGCAAUUGCAAGCAUGUUGUUUUCUAUGGAUAAAAAUGAGUGGUUUUCCUUCAAAGAAAGGGAACUUUUAGAAAUACCUCAGUAUGAGAAUGAUAUUAUAUCAAGGCUUAAGUUGAGUUAUGAUAAUCUCCCAUCACAUUUGAAGCAUUGUUUUGCUUAUUGUAGCUUGUUCCCUAAAAAUCAUAUUAUUCAUGUGCAACACUUAAUAAAUCUUUGGAUGGCUCAAGGAUUUAUUCAAUUAUCAAAUAAGCACCAGCAUCCGGAGGACAUAGGUUAUCAAUAUUUCAAGGUUUUACUUUAUAAGUCUUUUUUUGAAAUAGUUCAAAUUGAUGAUUGUUCUGAGGAUAUAACACACUGCAAAAUGCAUGAUUGUAUGCAUGACCUUGCGAUGUCUGUGGUUGGAGCAAAAUGCAUUAUGUUAAAUUCAAAUGAUGGCAAUGACAAUAAAAUUGACCCAAAAACUCAUCAUGUGUCAUUCAAUUAUGAUGUAAGACCACAACCAGCUUUGUUGACUGAGGCAAAAAGGAUUAGAACAAUUCUUCUGCCUAACAAUAAUAGUACUUUUUACUAUUUGUUAAUGCGGCAGGGAAUCUUUGACACGUCAACUAAUAAAAUUGACUUGAGUUCUAAGUUCCUACGAACUUUGGAACUUUAUGGUGAAAAUAUGGAGAUGAUAUCAAAUUCUAUUGGCAUGUUGAAGCAUCUUAGAUAUCUUAAUCUUUCAUACAAUAAGAAGGUGAAGGCAUUGCCAGAUUGUAUUACAAGUUUGCUAAACUUGCAAACGCUACUUUUGAUUAGUUGUGGGAAUCUUCGCACAUUACCAAGAGACAUUACAAAACUAGUCAACCUUCGACAUCUUGAUAUCCAAGAUUGUGAUGGAUUGAGUCAUAUGCCACGUGGAAUCAGUCAAAUGACUAAUCUACAGACGUUAACACAAUUUUCCAUAAAGGAGAAACUGGCGGAUAGUGGACAACUAAAUGAACUUGAAAAUCUGAACGGCUUGAGAGGACAUCUGGAAAUUGUAGUUGGGGUAGAUGGGAUAGAAUCUAAAGGUGCAAAUUUGAAGAAUAAACAAUAUCUUCAGUCCUUGGAAUUAAAUAUUGGGGGGAGAAUGGUGGAUGAGUGUGAAGAUCUAUUGCCACAUCCAAACCUUAAAGAAUUGUAUUUAAAGGGUCUUUACGUGAGCGAUGUGUUAUUAAAUUGUGCCCCCUCUCUCCAUAACCUCGUCAAAUUUCAAUUACGAGAACAUGAGGGAUGCCGAUAUGUGGGGGCCUUGAAUCAUCUCCCAAAUCUUAAAGAGCUGAAUUUGGAGUUUUUGCAUUCUCUGGAGUACAUAUCUAGUGAUGAUGAUAUUGCCGAUGGAACGACACCAUUCUUUCCAUCCCUACAGCGACUCUGGCUAGAAAAUUUGCCUAAUCUGAAAGGAUGGUGGAGUGCAGAUGGUGAUGUUGAAAAUAAAAAAAUGCUACAUUUCUUUCCUCGUCUUUCUGAUUUGUGGAUUUCGGAAUGUCCUAACCUAAUUUCCAUGCCUCUUUUCCCAAAUCUACGAGAAGAGCUUUAUCUAUGUGAGACAAACAUAAAUCCACCGGAAGAGACGUUAAAGAUGAAGAUGAAUGUGGAAGGUGGAGGGGGAGCAACAUCAGAAUCAGACCAACCAUCCUCCUCAACUUCUUAUUCUUCUUCUGCACUUGUUUCCCAUUCCACCUCCUUCAUUCCUCUCUCCAAAUUGAAAGCUCUGCAUAUUGAAGCAUGUUCGCAUGUGCAUUGUUUAGCAGUUGGGUUCAAAACCUCACUUCUCUCAAGGAGCUGACGAUUGCUUACUGUUCCCAGUUGCAAACUUUGUUUUCAUGUCUUCACCAUCUCACCUCACUUCAACAACUCAAUAUUGAGGGGAGUAGGGAGCUCAACAUGUCAAAUGGUAUUGAUGAAAUUCAGUGGAAAGAACUUGCAAGUCUCUCUCAUUUGACUUUGAAUGGACUUGAACAACUGGUUUCUCUCCCUCAAGGGCUUCAACAAGUUACUACCCUCCAAGAAAUCGAAAUUUACGGCUGUGAAAAUUUAGAGGCUGCUCUUGACUGUAUCACCAACCUCAAAUCUCUAAAGACAUUAUCCAUUAAUUACUGCCCCAAAUUGAAUUCAUUACCUGAAGGAAUAGAUUCCCUCACAUCUUUACAGAAAUUGGAAAUUAGAGAAUGUCCCAUGUUAUUGGAAAGAUGCCAACGAUAUGGUGAUUAUUGGACUAUAAUUUCGGGCAUCAAAGAGGUGAUCUUGGAACAGGAACGUGAUAUUGUGACAUCAAACCUUUUGCCCCUUGCUUGUUCAGAACCAGCUAGCAAUCAAGAGCAAAAUGAAGAUUCCAUCUUGUCCAAAAUUUGUAGGCAUUUUGCAGAAAUCAACAGAAAAUUUUGGUUAUUAAUUUCAACUCUAUGUUUGCCCCCAGAACCCAAUGCGGCUGAAGUAGAAGUCAACUAAAUUUUAGAAGUUUUGUUUGAAUGGAGUUUCGGGUUUGGUUUAGCAGCUUUAAUGGGUUUUCCAAACAAUAAAGAGAGCAAUAUUAUGGUGGAGGAUCCACAUGUGGAAUAUGAAACCAGACUCCACCCACCAAAAAAAAAAAAAAAAAAAAAAAAGUGCGCCUUCGGUAGAGUUUGGAAGAGAAUGAGAAAACAUCAAACUUACAUACGAAAUGCUUAACUAUGUGAUGCGAUGUUACAGAAAAAUUAAGGCUGCAUAGCUCCAUGAACAUUUUGUAAUCUGGCCCGCAUUUGUGUAGGAGAACAAACUGGAAAACUGAGAUCUGUUAACUUAUGAAGGCAAAACAUUAUUCCAGAAGCAAACUGAGUUUCAUUGCAGGGGUUUUUGUAAGGGAAGCGGCAAGAACUAAGAGAGCCUCCAAAACGGAUUUGCUUCAGGGGACUUCAACAGUACUAGCUUAAAUUUUGCUAAGAAAUAAAAAGUGUAUAUGGGAAAUUGUGGAGAGCUCAAAACCAGUCUAAGUUGAUUGUCAUGCAGGAAACUUGUCAUCCAUGCAAUGCAACUGAUCAACCUACAGAGCCAAGAAGUUUGGUAGAAGUUUUGAGUUUGGUUUAUGCUUCAUUAGGUUUUCCAAACAGUAAAGAGUUCCAUCAUAAGGGAUUUUGUAAGGCCUCAAAACAAAUUUGCUUAUCAGGGUGCUUCAACAGAACAAGCUAAGUUUGGUUAUCAAAAUGGGAAGUGUUGAAGGGGACGUACUAUCCUAAUAAAAGAGAGCAAAUCUGCCCUUCGUUUUGUAUUUCAGGGGAUGAUAAAUGAUUCAUGAUAAUCCUCUCCACUUAUUCUGGGGGCUAAUACUGACGCUAGCGUGGUUGGGAGAGAGAGGAGGGAGGAGGGUGUUGAAGUGAACUGCACCUGCAAAAAGAUCUUUUAGAUCAAUUUUCGCACAGCACUUUUGAAACCUUUCCAUAUGUUCAUAUUUUUGUUGCUGCAUAUGGACUUGCUAAAAGUACUGAAUACAUGGAGACAAAAUGCUUCUUGGGUUGAGGAUAUCUAGUUGAAAUUCUAGACCUUGCUUUUCCAGAAAAUAGAGAGGUACAUCUCAUACUUUUCUGCAAUUUGGUAAAUAUUUUUACUAAACCGUAAAUUUGUGAGUAGAUUUGCAAUUUGUUCGCUAGUUUACUAUUUUAUAGUUUGGUCUAUAUACGAUUCAUGUAAUGGUGUGUUUUAUUGUUUUAUUAGUGAUAAUUGCAGAGGAAUAUUGUGGUGGAGAUCCAGUAUGUCGAAUAUGCAACCAAACUCCACCAAAAGGAAGAAAACAAAAAAAAAAAAAAAAAAAAAAAAAAAAAAAAAGUUCUGGUAAAGAUUGGAAGAGAAUGAGAAAGCAUCAAACUCUGUUGCUAAAUUCUAAACUAUGUGAUACUUUAUAUCAUCCUUUGUUGUCUUUAGUACUAUAAUGUGUUCAUUGAGUUUCUAAUUCUAUAUAUGAGGUACCAGAAAAGGGGAACUUUAUAUGGGAAUGCGAUGGAGAAGCAAGUCCUUAGAAGCCUCUACGAAGAACUAGAAGAAUGAGAUUAAGUACUGCAUCCUAAUGGAAGAAGGCAAACUGCUUUUCUGUCGAUUUGCUGCAGCUGUUUAUUCUUGUCAUUUAGGAAGAUAUUGAGAAAGUCGGCAAAAGGACUCUAAAAGGAGCUGAAUCUUACUAUGAAUCAAUUCAUGGACUUUGAGCGUUAUUAAUUUCUGAAUGAUAUAUAGAAGAUAGGAGGGCGUUAUAAAUAAUAAGGCCAUCACAAAAUGCAAUGCAAAACUAACAUCUUCCAUCCUUAAGGAGGAACUUGCCUCGGUCUUUUACGAAAGCCUGGAAGUUCAACUUAUGAUAAUUCCAACUGAAUAGCCUUUCUUGGCCAACUACCAUAUGUGCAUGCUAAUCUGCCUCUUCAGAAUCUUCCACAACACAAUCUACGAGUCCCUCACUCAGGAAUUUAAGUAACGUUGAGACCAUUAAAACUCAUUCCAAAUUAGUUUCUCUAUAUAUUUCUUUCUUGUAUCCAA